AUGCCGCUCCGCUGCGAGUGCCCGCAGUGUCGCAAGCUGAUUGUGGCUAGCAUUGCCUUCGACCCCUCCGAAUUGCCUUUGGGUGGCUUGGACAGCCAGUGUCCCCACUGCCACAAGCGAAUCAGGGUCAUUCGCAACUCAGAGAAGCGGCUCGAGUCUGCGAUCGGCUGCGUGACGGUUGCUGGGUCGGUGGCCCUGUGCACAGCAUCAUUGGCCAACCUGGCAGUUCCUGCAGGUUUGGCACCAGCUGUAUGUGCCGUCGCAGCGGCCCAGGACAUGCUGCUCGGUGCAGUACGGAAGGACCGCUGGAAGUGCCGUGCGGGCGCCCUGGGUCUUCUCUCUGCAGGCUGCACCGUUAGCGUCGCGGCAGCGGAUAAGGUGCGAGUGGUCGGCCAGUCUGGUCUUGGCAGAUUCGGCGGGCAGACGGCCUUCGCCUACACGCGCCGCGGCCUCGAAAACGCGAAGAGCGCCGUCUCGGCGCGGAAUGCCGCGAAGAAUGCAGCAGGGCACUGGCUGCGUUUGAAGGCUCCCCGGUUGAGGGCUUCGGGUUUGGAGUUCGCGCCCUUUCAUGAUUGCUGA